AUGGGUCGUCAACGUGAGAAGCUCGGCUGCCAUGUGAACUUCCCCCUCAUUCUUGAUAUGUCAGAAUGGAUGGUUGACUCUGGGAUUGCUUCGAGACCUGACCUCUUAUCAAACUGCUCUAGCCAACCAACUUCUCCUUUAUCCCACAGCAUGCACUGCCCUCAGCCAAAUUCAAUUAUUCCUCUUCCGGUCUCUCCAAACUCCAACACACUACAGCCGGUUAGGCCCAUCACUGACCAGAUCUUCAGUCGAUCAAACCAGCAGUCAAGUCCGGAAAGUUUGCUUAGCUACUCAUCCCACUUUGGAACAGCAGGUUCCACUGGUUUGAUUCCCUGUCGCCCGCGGCGAGCCUCCAUCACUGUCAAUCCCGUUGUGACUUCCACCACUCCUUCGUCCUUUUCUUCAACAAAACGAGCCCACCUUGAUCCAGUCAUCCCUAGUUCUUCCUUUCCACUUCCCUCUUCCACCUCUCCUGGCCUCUUCUUAAGCUCUGAUCUUCCACUUCAGACAACCUCUCACCUUACUCCGUAUGUCCCCGUUGAUCAUCCUCUGAAUGGAUCUUCUUCAAGUCUCGCCCAUUCCGAACUUGGAAUUCGAAUGGUUGGUGUUGCUUCAAGCUCGGCUCAGGUACUUGAGAUGCCAAUUGACUCCCACCUACAACCGUUUUCUUCUUCAACUCAAACUUCAGGCCACAAAGUUAAAAGCCUCUCAAAUGGGUCAAGCCAGUGCAGUGGAGAAAAACAAGACAUAGACGAACAGGCCUUUGAUGUACGGAAGGUCGAUGGUGAUGAAGGGGAAGGAGAAGAGCAGAAACCGAUGGAGACUAAGGCCGUUGUCGAAGGGCCACAUAGGCGGCUCUAUCAAUUAACUGGCGUGAUUGUGCACCACGGUCGAGGAUUCCAAUCGGGACAUUAUACAGCAUACUGCUUGAAUGAUGAGCCCGGUUCGUUCGUGUUUAAAGUUUUUAGCCAAUUAAGCUAUUUUUUUGUCAUAAAAGAUGUGCCAUCCAAAUGUCACAUACAUUAUCCAGGAUAA